UAAUUUUUCAUCUUUAAGACAACUAGGUAUUUUUUUUUUGUUUGCAAAAAUGGGAACGCAACUACAAGAAAUUCAAGAUUAUAAUAAUUAUAUAAAAUGUGGAGAAAUUUUAAAAUCUCCAUCACAAAACUAUCAAAAAUCAAUUAUACUCAAAUGCUUUGAAUGUAAAGAAGUUCACUUUAAAUUGGAAACAUUUAUUGCACACAUUCAAGAACAUUUUAAGGAUGUUUUGUCAUUAGAGGAAAGUGAAGCGAAAGCUCAGUUUGAAAAUGUUCAUGAUGUUGAUGAAAUGGAAAGGGAAGGUGUUGGUAUUGAAAAUCUUGAAGUUAAAUUAGAAGAAUUAGAAGAUCCACUAUUUCCCGUCAAAUUUGAAAUUGAAGAAGAUAAAACCAACACAAAAGUCGAAAAAAACUCACAAGACUUGAAGACAAGUAUUAAAACAAAUUACGAAGAUGAAUUCGAAGAUGUAAUAGAUAGUGCAGACGAAUUUCAACAUGAUGAUGACAGUGAUUCAGAUGAAGAAUAUUUAAUAAAAGAACGGGCAUGUAAACGAAAGAAGAACAGUGCAGAUGAAACAAAAGUUGAGGACUCUGAAACAGAUGAAGAUGAGAUCAAAGAAAGAACAAAUAGAAGAAAGAAAAAUUCUACAGAUGAAACAAACUCUGAAGACUCUGAAUCAGAUGAAGAUGAGGAGAUAAAAAAGAAGUCACCUAAUAAAACUAGCAUAAAAUCGCCAAUCGUCGAAGAAUUCAUGAAAUCUAAAGCCCAUGUUUUAACAUUAAUAGAACUUUAUAAAAAUCAGCCAAAUUUAUGGGAUAAAUAUGCCCCCUUCUAUCGCUUAAAAGACAAAAAGAAACAAUUUUUGGAGGAAAUUACACAGGAACUAAAUAAAAAAUGUUCUUUAGAACUAUUUUGGGAUGAGACUGGAGAAAUUAUUGCACAUAUUUCUUCAAAACAUAGAUGUGACUUCAAGAGAAUACAUUACCAAAGUAAUAAAAAGAAAAAAUUAAAGAAAAAUGGCAAAACUUCAGGGAAAUAUGAAAGAAAGGUCGAUAAAAAAACCAAAUGUUGUUGGUUUUAUGAUGAUUUGUAUUUCUUAAGAUCAAAAGUUGUGAUACGAAUGGAGCAUUUAGAUGCCAGUCUACCCGAUUUGACAUCAGAGCAAAUUAUACAAAUAUUAGAAAUAUAUAAAGGUUUUCCUCAUCUAUGGGAUACCUAUCUAAUUGAACAUAUAUGUUUAAAUAAACGUAAUGACGCUCUUGAGGAGAUGUCAAAAGCUUUGGAAACCAAUAUGAAUCUUAAAAUUGAUGUAAGUGUAUUGGAGAAAUAUAUACAUACUAUACAUGAGUAUUGUUCAAGGGAAAAAAGAAGACGAUUAGGCAUAGCCACCCCAGAAGAUUUGGAAAACAAUACGAAAAAUAGUUCGCCCAACUAUUUCGAGCACAUGGCUUUUUUGGAAGAUCACGAAGGACCUUUUAGUUGUCCAGAAUGUAGUGGCAUUUAUAACAAGCCUUUGUGUUUCAGAAUCCAUAAAGCCCAACAUGACGGUUCACCAGCUCUUAAAUGUUCCCAAUGCGAGCAAGCAUUUAAAACUGUGGCUUCUUUUACCACGCAUGCCAAACGCCACUUAGAGGAUCUUCAAUUUAUUUGUAAGGUGUGCGGUACAAAGUUUCUUAGGCAUUGCGAUCUAAAAAUACAUUUGUUAACACAUACCGACGCCAGGCCAUAUUGCUGUGAAAUCUGCGGAGCAUCUUAUCGCCAGUCGAAUAGUUUUCGAAAACACCAAAGACAACAUGAAAAACGUUUCUCUCAUACAUGUCAUAUUUGUUCUAAGGGAUAUUACACAAAAUAUCGUUAUGUCGAUCAUAUGAACUCACACAUGAAUAUACGUCAACAUGUAUGUAACAUAUGUGGCAAGGGAUUUAUAACGAGCAGAGCAUUAAAGACACAUGCAGUCACACAUGAAGAUGCUAGGAAUCAUGCAUGUAAACUUUGUGGUAAAACAUUUAAGCUAAAGAUUGGUGUAUUACAACAUAUGCGAACACAUGGAAGCAAAGCGGAAAUGGAGAAAAGUAGUUUGCUCUUAUAAAAAUAUGAAUAUUUUAUUUCAAAUAUACGCAAUAGUUUUAUUUUUUAAGAGAA